AUGACGACGACGACGACGACGGCGAUGGCAAAAAAAAUUCUCAUAAAAAGUGAAUUGAUGCUGUUUUGAAAUCCAUCGCUCUUAUUCCACGUCGUUCAAAAUGUCAAAUAUUGGUAAAUUUUUCUGGAGUUGAAUUCUAAAGGAGCUGGCGGGGUGGGGGAAACAAGAUACAUUAUUGGGCAGUGUUACUUCUUGGUCUUGCAAAGUUGUUGUUUUGCUAAAGGACUCCAAUCUUUUUUUGGCCAUUUCGUCGUGGUCGUUGCUUAAGCUCCCUAGUGUCUUGGUAUCUGGAAAUAGAGUACUAAAGUGAUGACGUCAUAAAAAUGAAAUUUCUGAAAUUAUGGGAUUUGUCAGGAUAUUCUGAAAGAACAAUGUCCAAGAGGCCUACUUGCCAAAAAUGAGCAUUUCGGGGCAAAUUGUCUCCGAGAUCGUAGCCCAGUUAUACUCAGAAAUCUCCAUACAAACCCUUCUAAUUUUUUUUUGGGUCGACCCAAAAAAAUUUAGAAGGGUUUGUAUGGAGUUUUGUAAGCAUAACUGGGCUACGAUCUCAGCAACAAUUUGCCCCCAAAUGCUCUUUUUUGGCAAGUAGGCCUCUUAAACAUUGUUCUUUCAGAGUAUCCUGACAAAUCCCAUAAUUUCGGAAAUUUCAUUUUUAUGACGUCACACUUUAGUACUCUAUUAAGUCAUUAUUCGCUUUUUUUUCUCUCUUUUUUUUCUACCAUUUACGUUAGGAAACUAAAAUUUGCUAGCGUUCGUCUGUCUGAAGUUUGUUAUUCAACAGUUGUUGCUAGGGUUACUAGCUGUGCUGACGUCACAUGGCUUGCUUUCUUGUCAUGGAUACCCAACUCAUGUACCAAUUACAGUCUGUGAAUAUCUGAUGCCAGGACAUCAGCUCCAGCCAUUACAAUUUGUUUCACCUCAGCCAAUGAACACCAACCCUUACUCGAUUCACGUGAGCAACACGAGCUAUACACCUGGUGGAAUGAUGACUGUCGUGAUUAAUGGAACUAUGGGAAUUAAGGUGAAUAAAAAUGGAAGUACGGAUCUUCGGAUCUUACUUUCAACAUCCAGUUACCUGUGAAACCUAGACUGUGUCACAGACAGACGAAAGUAUACUUUUGGUUAAGUCCAUCUGCGAGCCAGCGCAGAAAUGUCCGUUAUAAACCCCACCCGUGUGCCAGGAUUUGAGUACGCUCCAUAAUUAGCCUGUUGAAAAGUCAAUGUGAUUUAAUGAUUUGCCAAUCAGGUUGAAGGGAAAUUCCAAAAGCACUUCAGGUAACUCGUUGAGUCCGUUGGAUAUCCAGAACAAGGAUCUCCGCGCUGCUUCACAGACGUCACUAACCGGGGCUAGAUUACAUCUGCGACGCUGGCUAUGUGAGACCCUUUUUCUUGAAAGUUCUAAUUUGCAUCACUAGCAAUAAAACGCGAACGUUAGUCAUUUACAAUUUAUUACUGCGGCUCUUGCAAUACAGGAGUUAAGUCGUCCCAAAGCCCCCUCCAAACGAAAAGAACAAAUUGUGAAAAUUUACGAUUUCUACUGAUAAUGCCUUUAUAUUUACCCUUACAGGGUUUCAUUAUCCAAGCGCGUGCUGCAGGAAGUCCUUUACCAGUUGGAGAAUUUCAGGGUAGCCUGCCAAGCAACCAGACUUAUAUGUGGUGUUCCGGUGGUGAACCGCAGGUGCAUUCUAAUGGCAAAAUUACACGAUGACCUCCUUUUUCUACAACUACCAGAAUCCUUCAGUUUGUUGUUUUCUUGUGAAAAUUAGGGCUAUCGAUAUUAUUAUUUAAAGCAAAAACGAAAUGAAUUGUGAUAGUUGUAGUUGGGAAGUUUCUCUGGAUCUUUUACUGAUCCAAUAAAAUUCCAUGAAACUGCCCCACUACCCUUCCCUUAACCUAACGUUUACACUUACUUCUUAUACUGAUAGCCAAUCAUGAAACGGUAACGUGUCCAAAACAGUCUCACACUGUGCUAUUCAACGCAAAUCCGGCCCAACCUCAUCACACGCAGCCUUAGAAUGGCCAAAACUCCUCAUUUAAUUUUACUUCUAUAUUCUCUCUCUGCCUAGGCCUUUAUCUGUUACCUCUCCCCCCCUGCAUCUCAAGAGCAAUCCUCCUUUUUUCUAUACCUCUCUCCCCUUUUGACUAAAGACUUUAAACAUCGCUCUCUUUUAUCCUUAUUCCAUCACCAGAAUACAGUUGCCCAUCGCCGUACUGGCCUGGCAGACAAGUCGUGGAUUUCAUUGAAAUUCACCUGGAAAGCACCGGAAGCCCCUGUUGGGAACAUCUCUUUUUGGUAAAAAUGAACAACAUGUCUAGUGAUUAUAGUUUACGCAAACCAACCAGUGCAAGGAAAGCGCUGCGCUCUCAAUAUAAAUGAUAAAUAUUUCCAAAACCUCUUUGAAUUUGCUUGAAACGCUGCCCAUAAAGCGAAGUUUGAUCUACUUUCGUCUAGUUCAUUUUGUCUUUUUCGAUGAAAACUCAGUCUAGGAAUAGGUUCUUCAUAUUAGUUCAUAUUAGACAAAAUGUAAUUACUUUUCAAGCACCAGAAGGUGACAGCUGUUUAAAGGUAUACCUAACAUUUUCACUCAGGGCCAGUCUUCUUUACAACUCUACCACAUUUUGGGGGAGAAUCCAAUCUGCAGAGAUCAGCGGGCCUACAGCUGUUGCAAGGCCUUCUCCAACACUACAACCAAGCUUUGAGGUAAAUAAAACUUAACUAAAUAUAACGGAUGCAGGACAUCUUUGGUUGCGUAAGGCUUGAGGAGUCUUCCUGUGUCACGCUAUUUGGUGUCUUUUUAAACAGCUAAAACGUGUUUUCGCAUCAAUUGGAUUUCAAAAUUAGAGUAAUGAUCAAGUUUUGUUAUUUAAGACUUUGCUUAGCGCUGAUCUGCCCUGCAAAGUAGGUUGUCGGGAGCGUCGCUGUAUGGUGGUCAUGUGCAUUUUCAGGCUUCAUUACCGAGGCCUGACUUGUAUAAUGUAUCUGGAAUGAAUUCACCCCAGAAGGAUACUGGGGCUGAAUUAACAUUUCGCAAAGACUUCUGGGUCUGUAACUAGGGACAGAGGAAAAAAUUGGCCAAUAGCUGACCUGUGUGUCCUCUGUAACGAUCCCAGAAGCACUUGCGGGAGGUAUUUCGGCUCCAGUCCUCUUCUUGUUUCUUAAGUGGCGAAUGGAAGAACGACAAGCCGCUGGACCUUCGCGUGGUACAACUGACCAAGUCGAAAUGGCUGUUUAGACUGAAAAUAAUUUAAUAUCCUGAGAAGUGAUGUUAUUAUUAUUAUUGAUGUUUCAGAUAACUAAGCAAGGCUGUGGAAGUGAAAAGAGUUGUUAUUCCGAGCCAGAAUACUGCACAAACAGCUCCAAUUGUGCAUUCCUUGUAACUUUCAAGGCGGAGGGUGACAACAUCACAUUUGAGAUGAGUGGGUCUCACCGCUACAUUGCCGUUGGUUUUAAUGACAAGCAAGAAAUGGUAGGUAUUUAUAAUGUCUGUACACCAGCCUCAUCACCAGCGGCCUCCUUCCGAGAAUUCUCUCUCUUGAUGUAAAUUUCCGCGCAAAGGAAGGCGGGAAGGAGAACACAAGCGAGACGUCUGGCCUCUUCUUUUUGCCUCCAGAGGUCUCUCGCGUUUCGCCACCAGUCGAUCACUCGCGUUUCGCGCUCUCCUUUGUUCGCGAUCAAAUUGAAAAAAAAAGGUGUCUGAGGAGAAUGCAGUGUCUGAUGCAGAUAUCUCCUAACAGGAAAAACACAGACACGUUUUUCACGUUGCCCCUUCCCUCUUUAUUGCACACCCACGAUUCUCUAGGGCUUGGUUUUGCACAGGAAGUACACCACAUCACUACAGUUUACCUACGCUUUAUUGAGAUGUAUUACGGAUGCCGAAGAAUUUUCAAAGGGCGCCAUCGUCCUGCUUCGAGGCCCAACAAAUUUUCUGAAUUGACAAAAAAAAGAACUCAAACGUCAAUCAGUCAACGUUUAGCGUAAAAUGUAGUUUUUUUAUACUAGGUUUUGUACUCAGUUUUACAUUUACUUUUCUUGCCUUUCAAUCGUUGAUUAAUUAAUUUUACUAUUGUUCUCCUUUUUUAGAACCAAACUGAUACAAUUUCCUGCUCAACAUCCUCAAACAACGCUGUUGAAAUUAGACAUUACUUCUUGGCUUUUCGUCAGCCAAUACGAACUGACAUAGUAAGUGUGAACGAUUUUGUUUGCCAUUCAUAUUUUAUACCUAAGGGAUAGAACAAGAGACAGGGACGGGGUACCUCAACGUUAUCCCAAAAUGUUAAAUUUAAAGGGCGUGACCACGUCCAGCAAGACCGUUAACGCAAGCCGUACCCCAUCCCAGGAAUUAUACUUGCGCACAUAUUGUGAAAAAGUCUCCUCGAAUAAUAGCCGUCCCUUGAUUAAUCGCCUCCCUCCAAUAAUCCCCCUCUCUGACGGAAAUAUUUAAAAUAAUCGCCUCCCUCGAAUAAUCGCCUCCCACCCGCUCCUUUCGCCAUCUUCUCUUCCUUUUAUCCCCUCCCUGUCAAGCUGAAGUGCAAUGUGAUCCAGCAAAACUGAUAAGUGACGCUUCAAGCUAUGAAAAUUAAUCAAGGAACUAAAUUUGGAACACUUAAAAAGCCCAUAUUCAGUUUAUUUGAUGUGAUUAUUUUUUUAUUUAAUGGGAAAAUAAAACAAAAUAUUUAGGACACGACUUAAAGAGAGCAAUAUUUGAAAUAAUCGCCCUCUCUUGAGUAAUGGCCCUCUUUUUGAGCGAAAAAAAGAAAUAAUCGCCCCCGGCUAUUAUUCGAGGAAAUACGGUAAAUGUUUGAAGAGUUUUAUGUUAUGAAAACUUGAUCUUUUUCAUCAGAGAAACACGGAUGACAUUGUUCGCCAUAUGGCUGCCUAUGAAAAUGGAACAUUAACAUGCAGGUAUAAAACAGUCUCCUCCUCAGGCGCUUCGUUUUUCGCAUGGCAGAGGCGAGCGCGAAACGCGAGUGACUGGUGAUGAACCGCAAGGGACCAAGGGAUGGGUACAGAUGGCGGGCGGGCGCCCGUUGUCUCCUUCCCGCCUUCCUUUGCGCGCACAUUGAAAGAGAGACGUCUGGGUACGAGGCAGGGUAUAAAAUGUGGUGACCAUCAGUAAAGUUCUUUUAUCUUGUCUAUUCUUAAGCAGAACAUGGCUAUACUUAGGUCGCUCAGGUUUUAGGAAAGACUAACAUCGGAGAUCACGGAUGAUCAACUUAAUUUUGGAUAUAACAAGGCAAAGAAUUGUUAAUUGUCUUAAUUGUUAUAAUAGUACAAUAACAAAUUAUUGAACCUAAUGAUUUAGCAACGAUACGUUGUCUUUCAACCCCUAAAAUUAUUAGUGUGACAAAAACCUGUAUUUUCUUGUGUUUGCAUUUCAUUGAUUGACCUUAUUUAUCACGGAUUUUGCAACGGUUCUGCUUAUUUCUAGAUUUUCUCGUAAGCUUUCACCCUCGACUGCGCACAAGAUAGACCUCAUAAUGAAGAACUGGUUUUUUAUUUUUGCAUGGGGCAGCGUUAGUAAGUAUCCGUUAGUAAUAAGAUAACGUAUCAGUUCAGUUGGCAGCAAGUCAUUAUUAUAAGAAAAAAAAGGAAAAAAAUUAUACUGAUUUGAAUUUAACAAACCACGGCCUGGCCAGUAACUCACGCAAGCGCAAAGGUGGUGUAUGUGUGCUUCUUGUUAACUGUCUGUCUGGUUUAAAUGUGCCUUUUUGAUGCUCAUUCUCAUUAAGUUAACAGUUUCCUAACUAGUCUAUCAGUCAGUGGUCCUAAACUGAUCCCUAUCAGAUUCACUGGAACGGGUAGAUGGGCCCAGCUCAUUGAUCUCCCAAUAAGUGAGGUUAGAGUGCACAGCUCAUGUUGGACUUCUCACUUCUUUGUAUUAUAGGCGGUACAGGUGCUUUGCAAUAUCACUACCAAAACGCAACGUUCAGUGCUGAACGCGUUAACCUUACGCUGCCCGCCGUGUUGAAAAACGGUCGUAGAAGACCACCAGCGCCAACGCCAGAUGGAAAACUGGAGGUACGCACAGCUUUUCCAGAAUAUUCUUUACUGAAUUCACUUUAGUGUGUUUGUGUUCUUUCUUGUUUUCAUUGACAUUGUGGCUCUGAAAUCAUGUCGGCAGCUUCAAUGACGUGUUACGUCAUUGGCGACGUCAGCAUGACGCCAUAACAUUUAACGCCGAAUGUUGUCACACUUAAAAGUUUAUUUCAGUUAAGGCCAAAUGUUAUUACAUUUUUUACUUAUUUACAUUUAGGGGGAAAUGUUGUGCAUUAAGGACUUUUACUACAUUUAGUGUCAGUUAUUACAAUUAGGCCUUUCACUCACGUGGCUUGCAUCUAUACAAUUUAUUUGAACAAAAGAAAGCGUUUACACAAGAAAAGAGUUCAACUCCCACAAGACUGGUUUGGAACACCAACAUGGCCGUCGUUUUAUUGUUUUGGAACACCAAUAUUGUCGCCUUGUCAUCAUGUGUAAACGAUUUAUUUGUUUUAAGCUUAUUUUGUACUUUUCCUUUUAUUUUAGUUUUCAAAAUUGGACUGCGGUAGGACUAAGAACUGCUACUCUGAGCCCACAGACUGUUCGUCCAGUCGAAACUGUGACUAUCUUGUGACGUUUGAACCUUGUCAAAAUAAGGAUAACGUCAGCUUUGAGUUGAGUGCGAGAAGUGACUGGGUCGCAAUAGGGUUCAACGAGCAAAGCAAGAUGGUAAGUCUCAUAAAUCUUUGA